UCUAAGGGAGGCCGCCUAUUUUUUAAUUUUUGCUUUGGUGGCCGUCGUUUUGGCGGAAGAGGCAGACCCGGAUGUCGGCGUUAAGAAAUUGGAAGCCGAGGAGAGGCAGGACAUGGACGACAACAUCGCCGAGAGUAGCGUCACGUCGUACAGUUCGGUCGUGAUACACCACAGCCCGGGGAAAAGGCAGAAUCUGGAGACUGAAGUCGGAGAGGACUCGGUGCCGUCAAGGUCUGAAAGUUACUUUAAAGUGUAUAACAACCACGGGAAGAGAUUCAAAGGUGAAGAGCCGAAAUUCCCAAAGCCGCAAGAAUAUCACCACGUUCGCCAUGCCGAAGGGGACUUCAACCCCGCAGAAGCCGCACCGGAAACCAAACAGAAACCUUACAGGCUGAACUUCCAACAGAGUAAGCACAUCGCGAACGAGGGCUACAGUUCCAAGUACAACAGGAACAGGGAUGAACGUCAGAGUUUCAGAGAUGAAGACGGCGAUCAUAAAGAAGAACAAAACCGAGAGCACAAAUUUGAGCCUUCGUACAAACCAGAAGACCCGAGGAUGCUAAUUUCCACCUUUCUUAAACAAGACGGACCUGAACAUAGAGGACAUCCUGCAUACAGACCUGACGUAACCAAAAAUCCAAAACCCAAAGCUCACCCUCCUCCCGGAAUGUCCCAGGACUUGAUGGAAUCCCUUUUACAAAAAGAACCGCAGAAAUUCGGCGAGGCAGAGAAAGUGAAAAGAUACGAGCAAAAGAAGAAGCUGAAAAGUACGAGAGGUGGGGAAUCACCUAGUUCAUUCAACGUCGGGUACAGCAUCGGGUUCGGACAGCCCAUAUCAGACGAUGUCGUCUUUGGAAAACCCAAGGAUGUCAAGCUCCACAUAAACGGUCAAAAAUCCGUCUGGAAGCAACUGAACGAAGGCGUGGAAAUGUCACAAGAUUUAGAGAAAAAGAAGCCUCUUUUGUACAGAAUACCCGAUUCUAAACAAAGAGGAGCGUCGCCACAGAUAAGCGUGCUAAAGAACGGCGGAUCUUCCGUGUUUUACAUGAACAACAAAAUCCCUGACAUAAAUAACAUACCCACCGAAGGUAAAGGAACCUUCGACCACAACCAUGCUCUCACUCAAAGCAACGUUUUCGACUUUAGCAAUGCCAUGGCCAACCCGCCUUUGGCUCUUCCUCUGCAGUCUGGUUUCGCCCCGGAAACCCAACAGUUUUCCAUUAAACCUAAAGGAAGGGGAUUCGACUUGAUGAAUUUCUACCAGAGCAUGGGGUACUCAGCGCCCGUGCCAGUUUUCAUCCCUGACUCGAAAGGACAAGGGCAGAUGGUUCAUGCUAUCGUCAUCCCUCUACAGACCCUCACCAAUGUGGAUUUCAACUGGGGCAGUUUUGCAGGGAUGUACAACAACCCGAUCCCCCAGAACUCGCUGAACUUCAAUUCUUUCGUCGCGCCGCCCAUUCCCACGUUCAACGACCAUUUUACGCCGUCGUUCCAUGGACAUAAUUUCAACGCUCCGAAGGAAAAACCGAAGACACCCAAAUCUCCGCAGAGGAAGCCGAAAGACGCUGAAAAGGCCGGAUCUUCUUUCUCCUCAUCGCCCAUCGUCGUACCACCGAUCACCCAGUCUCACAGACCAGUCGAUCUCCAGAAAGAGCAAGCCGCUCUCAACGCCAUCCUGGCCAAAGAACUGUCCAGGAAAAACCAAAGGCACUCCCCAAUAGGUCUUAGGCCUCCUCCUUUACACCAAUCCUAACUUAAUGAAGAACCCUUUGUAAAUAUCGAUGCCCUUGUUUUAUUGAGUGUGUUUUAUUGUAAUUUUAAGCCUCUCCACCCCUUCGAAGGGGUGAAACCAAAGCGAUUGUGACUGAAAAUUGAAAGAUGAAAAUCAAGCGACAUGCUCAUUUUCUUAUUAUGUUUAAUAUUUUAAGCUCACUGGUUAGGAAAUCUAGCACAUCCUGUUGUAAUAUAAUAUGUUUUUUCUUGUUACAUAAUUUUAUUAAUAUUUGAAGCCAUUGAAUUGAAUUGUGUGUUUAUUUAAUACA